AUGACGGACAACGAUAUAAAUCGAGACUCCUACAUAAAAACUUGCGGGGAAUUUAUACUCCCAGCGUAUACAAGCUUGGGCACACUUAAUUAUAACAUUCAUAAUCAACAUGCAGUUUACAGCAACUUGUAUCCAUACCAUUCUUACAGAAAAAGCAAGCAGAAUCGCUUGGUAGUAGUAUUGGAAAUAUCGUGCUCUCGUUUUACAAACUGUGGCAAAAGAAACUCACACUGGUCUAAAUUAUUUAGUAAUUUGAAUAAAAUGUGCCUGUUUCCUAAAGUUUACGCGUCAGACAUUGAAAAUAAUAGCGAUGUCAACGCAGGAAAAGAAGGUGAGGUGCACACGGCAGAUACUGCUGAGGAGGGGCUGUCACAGAGUUCUUUGGAAGCACUGGCAAAAGCGUACAUUGCGCGGGAGACAGGGAUGGAUAGAGUAAGGAUGUUGUUAAAAAAGGACUACAAAGGAGAAUCCAGCCCUCAGAUGGUGUACAUAAAAACAGCACUGGUCCCGAUUGCUCUAAUUGGUUUCUUCCUGAACUAUCUGCCAGCAUAUAAAUUUGCAAAGAGUGAAUUCAUCAGGGAACAUAAUGCAACUGUAUUUAAAACUCACACUGAAGCUGUGCGGAAGAUGUCUGACUAUGCAUCAGUCGAAGCUAUUCUUGCAGGUGGACGUCUUUCCCUAAAGGUGACAACGUUCUGCGCUUCAGUUUUGUUAAUAUCCCAGUUUCUGGCAUCAUAUAGAAAUAAAACAUCAGUGAGUGAUUACGUACUGGCUUCUGGAAUUACGGGUGGUUUGGCUCGUCUUAACAUGGGUCCCAAGGGAUUUGUUGCAGGAUCUGCUGUGGGCCUGGCUUUGGGAACUGUGUAUGGUGUGGUAGCCUCUGGUCUCCUUCAUCUGUGUGGUAUGACCGAGGAUGUUAUACAUUUGGAGCAAGUUAUAUCCAGGCUGGAGGUGGAAAGAUCCAUUGCUGGUGAGAGUAUCUUCAAACAGAGAAUCAAGGAACUGACAGAGCAGGCCAGUGGCAUGGCAACAUCGUCAUG